AUGCCUUCUUUGUCCCCUACAAUGACCUCGGGGAAUGUUGGUACUUGGCGGAAGCAGGUUGGAGAUUCCAUUUCACCCGGUGAUGUAUUGGUCGAAAUCGAAACCGAUAAAGCUCAGAUUGAUUUUGAAUGCCACGAAGAAGGAUAUCUCGCUAAAAUCCUUGUUGAGUCUGGUGAAAAAAAUGUUGACCCCAUUGCUAUUCUUGCUGAAGAUAAUAAUGAUGUUAAGAAAUUUGAGGACUAUGUUCCUGAACAAAGUUCAGCACCUCCCAAAGCAGAGUCUGCUGAAAAAGAUGAAAAAACUCCAAAACAAGAUGUACAGCAAGAAGAGCCACAAAAACAACAAGAACCCAAGAAAAGCCAUGUAUCGGGUGAUAGAAUCCUCGCGAGUCCUGUAGCACGUAAAUUAGCAGCUGAGCGCGGGAUUUCUCUUGAUCAAGUUGCUGGUACGGGCCCAAAAAAUCGUAUUAUUAAAGCUGACAUUUUAAAUUUUGUUGCCCCUGCAACAGAACAACCGACCCCAUCACAACAUGCCGAACCUUCUUCGUCUUAUACUGAUAUUCCACUAACUAAUAUGCGCAAGAUAAUCGCCUCACGAUUAAGUGAAUCCAAACAAUCUAUACCACACUAUUACUUGACUAUUGAGGUGGAGGUAGAUAAGCUUUUGGAGCUUCGUGAAGUUCUUAACAAGGACAGCGAUGGAAAAUAUAAAAUUUCAGUCAAUGAUUUUGUGAUUAAAUCCUCAGCGUCUGCACUUAUGGCUAUGCCUGAAGUAAACAGCAGUUGGCACAACGAUUUCGUUCGACAGUAUAAUUAUGCUGAUAUCUCGGUUGCAACAGCAACUCCUACUGGGUUGCUUACACCUAUUAUAAGAAACGCACACACAAAGGGAUUAGAAACUAUAUCUAAUCAAGCAAAGGAAUUGGCAGUUCGUGCAAGAGAAGGCAAACUAUCACCUCAUGAAUUUCAGGGAGGAACUUUUACAAUAUCAAAUCUUGGGAUGUUCGGAAUUAAAAAUUUCACGGCUAUAAUUAACCCUCCACAUUCUUGUAUUCUUGCUGUGGGUACAACGCAAAAGAAACUCGUACCUGAUUCUAGCAAGGAAACCGGAUACCGAAUUGCAACUACCAUGCAUGUGACACUUUCAUGUGACCACAGAGUUGUUGAUGGUGCUCUGGGCGCGCAAUGGCUUAGAGUAUGGAGAACAUACAUUGAAAAUCCAUUAAAACUGCUUUUAUAA